AUGAUUUUCAAGUUGCCGGGCCCGGGACUCAAACCAGAUCUGUCCCCUGCAGACUCUGACCUUCUUCAAGGGGAACGUAACCCACUCCCACCGGCCAGUUUCCAGGAAUCUGUGACCUUCAAGGAUGUGAUAGUGGACUUUACCCGGGAGGAAUGGAAACAGCUGGAUCCCGUGCAGAGGGAUUUGUUCAGGGACGUGACGUUGGAGAACUAUACACACCUGGUCUCCAUAGGACUCCAAGUUUCCAAACCCGACGUGAUCUCCCAGUUAGAGCAGGGGACGGAGCCCUGGAUCCCGGAGCCAGGCACCCCAGCAGGCCCCCGUGGAGACUGGGAGACCAGACCUGAAAACUGUGUCUCAGCCCCAGAGCUGGACAUUUCCGAAGCGCCAUCUCCAGAGGCAGUACUGGGAAAACACAGAAAAGAUGGUCCUUGGAGGUCCAGCUUCUUGGAAACUUGGGGAUCUGAGGGCUUUCUCAAGAGGCAGCAGGCAAACCAGCAGACACUGCGAAGGGUUGCUGAGCCAGCUGAAAGGACAGCACCCACCGAAAGCGACGGAUUUGGGAAGAGCAUCAGUGUGAGCUCAAGCCUUGCAACACAGCAAGGAAAGUCCCCAAAAGAGACCUCUGUUAAAACAAGAGCCAGACAGAGUUCAAACCGAGUUAAAAAAGAGAAAUCCUGUAAGUGCAACGACUGCGGGAAAGCCUUUAGUUACUGUUCGGCUCUUAUCCGCCAUCAGAGAACACACACCGGAGAAAAGCCCUACAAGUGUAAUGAGUGUGAGAAGGCCUUCAGUCGAAGCGAGAACCUUAUAAACCAUCAACGAAUUCAUACUGGAGAUAAACCGUUUAAAUGUGACCAGUGUGGGAAGGGCUUCAUCGAGGGGCCCUCUCUCAUUCAGCAUCAGAGAAUCCACACUGGAGAAAAGCCCUAUAAGUGUGACGAGUGUGGGAAGGCCUUCAGCCAGAGGACCCACCUUGUUCAGCAUCAGCGGAUCCACACUGGUGAAAAACCAUAUACUUGUACCGAGUGUGGGAAAGCCUUCAGCCAGAGAGGCCACUUCAUGGAACACCAGAAAAUUCAUACCGGAGAAAAACCUUUUAAAUGCGACGAAUGUGAUAAAACCUUUACCAGGAGCACACACCUCACCCAACAUCAAAAAAUCCAUACCGGAGAGAAAACCUAUAAGUGUAACGAGUGUGGGAAGGCCUUCAAUGGGCCCUCGACCUUCAUCCGCCAUCACAUGAUCCACACUGGCGAAAAGCCCUAUGAGUGCAGCGAGUGUGGGAAGGCCUUCAGCCAGCACUCGAACCUCACGCAGCAUCAGAAAACACACACGGGUGAGAAGCCCUACGACUGUGCGGAAUGUGGGAAGUCCUUCAGCUACUGGUCCUCCCUGGCUCAGCAUCUGAAAAUCCACACUGGAGAAAAGCCUUACAAAUGCAACGAGUGCGGGAAGGCCUUCAGUUACUGCUCCUCCCUCACGCAGCACCGCAGAAUCCACACCAGAGAAAAGCCCUUCGAGUGCAGUGAAUGUGGGAAGGCUUUCAGCUACCUCUCGAACCUUCAUCAGCACCAGAAAACUCACAGUCAAGAGAAAGCCUACGAGUGCAAGGAGUGUGGGAAAGCCUUCAUUCGGAGUUCGUCUCUCGCCAAGCACGAAAGGAUCCACACUGGGGAGAAGCCCUACCAGUGUCACGAGUGUGGGAAGACCUUCAGCUACGGCUCCUCCCUCAUUCAGCACAGGAAGAUCCACACCGGAGAGAGGCCUUACAAGUGUAACGAGUGCGGGAGGGCUUUCAACCAGAACAUCCACCUGACGCAGCACACGAGGAUUCACACAGGAGCCAAGCCUUAUGCGUGUGCUGAGUGUGGCAAGGCCUUCCGGCACUGUUCGUCUCUUGCUCAGCAUCAGAAAACACACACAGAAGAAAAGCCAUUCCAGUGUAGCGAGUGUGACAAGGCCUUCAGCCAGAGCUCCCACCUGGCGCAGCAUCAGCGCACGCACACUGGGGAGAAGCCCUACAAGUGCCGUGAAUGCGACAGGUCCUUCAGCCGGAGCACACAGCUGACCGAGCACCAGAGCAUGCACUCCGGGGAGAAGCCUUACAGCUGCAGCGAGCGCAGGAAGGCCUUCAGCCAGAGUGCGCACCUCGUUCAGCACCAGAGGGUCCACUUGGGGGAGAAGCCGUUCGGUUGUAGUGACUGCGGAAAGGCCUUCCGAUACCGUUCUGCUCUCGACAAGCACCAGAGACUGCACCCUGGCACGACUGUCCUCGGGCCAUCAUGAAUGCAGGGGUGCAGUCUCUGUAUCUUACCCUUUGGUUACAGCCUGAAGAGUCAGUGGGUGGAGAAACUGCUUAACAUUCUUUAACUUCACUGUCACACUGCAGGAAGGAAAGUAUCGGGUUGAACUAACCCGACUAUCUCAUUAAGCAACUUGGGACUUGAGAAAACUCAGCUGGUUUAGGCUUUAGUUUUCUCUGUGAAAUUUGGGAUUUGAAAAAGAGAUUUCACAGGUGGAGUUUUAUACUCAGCUUUGUAUAUUCACAGUAUGUCCUCACGUGGGGCCCUGUGACCCGCAUCUGUGGUGUGGCAUCUAGAACAUGCGUGUUGUGCAUGCUAGUAGAGGCACCUCUGCGUCAGGAACGGACGGGGGCCCAUCGUGCUGCCGUACUGAUGCACCUCGUUCAGGUAAUUCGUUCCUAAUAAAAUAAUCACGAAAUACCCUUGGGUAAUAAUCCAGUCGCAGCCCAGCCAGCGUGUCCUGGAGUGAGAGCCAACUGCAGGUUCAGAUCCAAGCUGGCUUGAAAACGCGUGUGAGAUCCCAGAGUCCUCAGUAGCUGGAGGGCCGCGGCAUGGCAGGGCCGUGGGCAGUGCUCGCUCUCACUCUCACACACAUUCUCCAGCAUAAAAGUAUCCAUUGCACAUACUAGCCCCCCUUGGCAUGAAUAUUAAAGCAUCCUCUUAUUUC